AUGGGACUAUCCAUGAAGGAGAGGGUCCUCACCGCCCUUCUGGGGAUUGCCGCCACCUUGGGCCUCACUGCACUUGUCCUUGUCCUGGUAGAGGUCACCAGCAUCCUCCUGCCCCCAGAAACCAAGUUUGGGAUUGUGUUUGAUGCUGGCUCCUCCCACACAUCCCUCUUCGUGUACAAGUGGCCAGCGGACAAGGAGAAUGACACAGGUGUGGUCAGCCAAGCCCUGACCUGCGAGGCAGAAGGACCCGGGAUCUCCUCCUAUGUGUCCAACCCCGCCCAGGCCGGUGAGAGCCUGCGGGGCUGCCUGGAGGAGGCACUGGCGUUGAUCCCCAAGGCACAGCACCCGAAGACGCCCAUGUUUCUGGGAGCCACAGCCGGCAUGAGGCUGCUCAGCUUGAAGAACAACUCUCAGGCUGAGCGUAUCUUCGCGGAAGUCACUCGGGUCCUGAACCAGUCCCCCGUGGAUUUUCGGGGCGCCACGCUCCUGACCGGGCUGGACGAAGGCGCCUUUAGUUGGAUCACAAUCAACUACGUCCUGGGGAUGCUGCUCACGUACACCUUCUCCGGAGAGUGGGUCCGACCCCCCGAGGCAACGCUGGUGGGCGCCUUGGACAUGGGUGGGGCGUCCACGCAGAUCUCCUUCGUUCCCGGGGGCCCCAUCCUGGACACCAGCACAGAGGCCACCCUCCGCCUCUAUGGUUCCAACUACAGUGUCUACACACACAGCUAUCUGUGCUUCGGCCGUGACCAGAUGCUGAACCGGCUGCUGGCCCGCCUGGUGCAGGCCAGUCCAUCCGGCCCAGUUCGCCACCCCUGCUAUCACAGCGGCUACCUCGCCACGGUACCCUUGGCACCCGUGUUCGACACACCCUGUGUCGGCGCCUCACCUCCCGGUGGGGCCGCCCGGAACAUCACCCUUGAGGGCUUGGGGAACCCCGGGACCUGCAUCUCGGCCAUCAGGGAGCUCUUCAACUUCUCCGGCUGUGUGGGCCGAAAAGACUGCGCGUUUGACGGGGUCUACCAGCCCCCGGUGCAAGGUCGUUUCUAUGCCUUUGCCAACUUCUAUUACACCUUCCACUUCCUGAACAUCACCUCCGGGCAAUCGCUGGACUCAGUCAACACCACCAUCUGGAGGUUCUGUCAGCAGCCCUGGAAGGUGGUGGACGCAAGCUACCCUGAGGACCACCGCUGGCUUCGGGACUACUGCGCCUCAGGUCUCUACAUUUUCACGCUCCUGCUGGAAGGCUACGGCUUCACAGAGCAGACCUGGCCCAGCAUCGAGUUCCGCAGACAGGCCGGCGGGACCGACAUAGGCUGGACGCUGGGCUACAUGCUCAACCUGACCAACAUGAUUCCAGCCGAAGCACCAGCCCAGAAGCAGGCACAGAGCUUUGACGUCUGGGUGGCCAGCGUUGUCUUUGUGGCGCUGACCCUCGGGGUCAUUUUGGUGGCAGCUGCGGUCCAGCUCUUCUGGCCCUGGGACUAG